CUCCUGCGCUAACUGUGCUCCUCCAGGCCCCUGCGCCUGCUCGUAGCCAUGGUGGCCUGGCGCACCGCUUUCCUCGUUUGCCUCGUUUUCUCCUUGGCCACCCUGGUCCAGAGAGGAUACGGAGACUUGGAUGAUUUUAAUCUGGAGGAUGCACUAAAAGAAACUUCCUCAGUAAAGCAGAGAUGGGACCACUUCAGCACCACAACUAGAAGGCCAGGAACAACAAGAGCUCCAGCAAAUCCAGCAGGAAGUAAUUUUGGCUUGACUGAUGCAUUAAGUGAUGGAAAUGAUGGGCGCCAGAAACCAAGUACAGGAGGAAGAGAGAGAUGGGACCAUGUCACCACUACCACAACUAGAAGGCCAGGAACAACUAGAGCACCAUCAAAUCCUGUGGAACCAGAUGAUUUAAACUUGGCUGAUGCUUUGGAUGAUCAAAAUGUUAUAGAUGGCCGCAAAAAACCAAAUGUAGGAGAAGGAGGAGGUUUGUCAGACAAGGAUCUUGAGGACAUACUGGGAGGUGGGGGAUACAAACCUGAUAAGAAUAAAGGUGGUGGUGGUUAUGGCAGUAAUGAUGACCCUGGAUCUGGCAUGUCGACAGAAACUGGCACCAUUGCAGGUGUUGCCAGUGCCCUGGCCAUGGCCCUGAUUGGAGCUGUAUCCAGCUAUAUCUCCUACCAGCAGAAGAAGUUUUGCUUCAGCAUUCAGCAGGGCCUCAAUGCAGACUACGUGAAGGGGGAGAACCUGGAAGCCGUUGUGUGUGAAGAACCCCAAGUGACAUACUCAAAACAAGAAACACAGUCUGCAGAGCCUCCACCACCCGAGCCACACCGGAUCUGAGGCCCUGUUCAGUGGCAGGUGCACAGGAAGGGUACCACUGCUUGUGACCCAGCUCCAGAUUUCAUUUGCUGACCCUUCCCUCAAGUUUCUUCCCAUGCCACUGGCUUCUUAUUGUGCUGAGUUUUCUGGACAAGCCUUAGGUAUUUGUGAGUGUAGUUUCUGUGCCCUGUCCUGCAGAAUAUGGUGACUACUCUGCCACAGGUCCUCUGAAGAGACUUGGUGCUGAGACUUGAGACCUGCCUUGAGAAGAUUACCAGCAUUGGAAGUUGCUGGGCCAUAGAGACAGUCUGCUCCAGCCUUAGCAUGGAAAAAAGGAGGUAGAACCAAGGUGAUGGUAAACAAGAGGAUGGUGGAGACAGCGCUGAAGGAAAACAUUUCUGCUUAAGCAAUCCCUAGGUACUAUGAGACUCUUUACCUAUAUGCUGGAGGGGUUGCUGUGGCACUGACCACUAAGGGCUGUGAGUAGGAUGCUCAGCUAGCAUCUGGCACAUAUGAAGCCCCUGCAAGAAGCAAAUCAGCUAGCGUCAAGCUUCAUCACACACACACACACACACACACACACACACACACACACACACACACCACGUAACACCUAGGCAUUUUUAAAAAUUUUAUUGUUUUUUUCCAACUUCAGGUUUUAUAUUGCUCAGAUUCCAGAGAGCUUGUCCAGGUGGGGGCUCUUCAGUUAUUUUAGUGCAAAUAUGCAUCUCACAGUAGUCUCACCCUGAGUUUAAGAAUCUGGAGAACAAUGUAGGAGCUGUGACUUGCAGGCUUGAUUCCCAUCAGAUUCCAUAAGGGUCUCUGGCUGGUCUGGUAACUUCUGCAUUGGAAACAAAUUUUCUACCAUUUGGGGGGUAGGUGCUCACCUCUGCCCUGUACAUGAUCUUAUUUGAGUAGCAAAAGCUACAGAUCCUGAGAAUGAACAUGGAAACCAGAAGCAUGAUUGGGGAAGGGGGAGGGGUGGGGGAAAAGAAGCUGGCUCAGCUGAGUGGAAUGUCCCUGCUGCCUCUGUAGUUAUGUAACUGUCCUCCCUGUCUGCUAUGAUGUAGAGGGCUCUGGCCAUGUUCACAGUGGUAAAUGUAGGAAACUAGCCCAAGGACUAGGGCUUCACCUGGCUGGCCCAGAGCUGCCUGCUACCAUCUAGUUUGGGCAAGAGCUGGCUACUUCCUGGAUUGUUCCAUUGGCUUUUGGCCCUUGGCUCCAGUGAGCUCUGUACUGAACCCUGCAGUUGAAAGCUAAGCUACUGUAAUGUGAACUAAUAAUUUACCAGGUCAAAAUGCACUUCAGAAAGCAGAGUGUAUCAUUGGGAAGGCAAGAUCCUACUUAACAAAACUCACAGCUCCUCUGGACAACAUGAUGGCCCCAUAUAUUCCACAGGCUGUAAAUUGGCUCCUUCACAUCCGCUGAGCUGGGAUGAGGCAACGCCUACCUUAAGAAACCACUGAAAUCUUGUGCUGUCUAAUGCAUGCCUUGAGUGUGUUUGUUGUUUAAAGACUAUUCAUGGUGGAGGGCUGGUGGUAUCAUGUCUCCAGGCAGCCUGAACACCCAUUCCCUGAGUGUUCCUAUGGACUAUGAGAUACCCCUUUUGAUUGGCCUUUGGUCCCAGACACACUAGGUCUGUGGAUCUGAUAGGAAGACUGGAACACUGGGGAAAUGGUACCAAGAUGGAAAAAAAAAAAACAUGGCCUCAGGAAUCCCCCUUUAUUCUUCAGGAAGUUAAUUAGCAAGGGAGGCAUUGCUUGCAAGAUGUGUCAGUUUCCAGAACCUCCUAACUUGCUGGUCAGAUUGCUAUCAACUUCAUCAGGACUGGGCCUCACCAAGGACAUCAAUGGUGGUGCCACCCUCUGGCCAGUGCUGAGCUAGAGGUGGCUUAAGGAAGAUUUUUAGUAUCUCUGGCCUGUUGACAUGUAGCUAAGGUAAUCUCACGGGGUUGUCUACCUUUAUGCUGAGGCCUGUCUGAUGGCAAAGCCCUUGAACUCCACAGCCAUGAUGUAAAAUAAAUGCCCUCUUGUGAAACUAUUUUCUCAAUAGCACUGGUUCCAGUAAAAAAGAGCGCUACUUUGCUCUCCCUUAGCUACCUCGGUGCCUUCUGCAUAAAGCCCUUCUGCAUAAAACCCAUCACUCAGCCCGCAGGCGCUAGCUAAGUGGCUGGACAGGCCUGGGCGGGCCAUCGGCCUCCUGUUCAUACAAUCUCAUCCCAGGGGCCGGGCUCCUCCUCCCCACUGGCAUUUUAUACUUGCUGGGGCAUUGUGGCCUGUAGAAGUUUUGGGACUGGUUUUGUAACUAUGUCCCCCCCGAAGGCUGAGUUGGCCAACUUGAGCUAGUCCCAGGUGAUAGAAGAGAGAAAGCAAAUGAAGAAGACCCAAUUGCCAAGAUCAGAUCUGUAUCAGUGUGACUUGACAGGAAGAACUUUAAAAAAAGCUCAACAUUCUCAAGUGGCUUGAUGUAGGGGGCUGCCCACCCUGGUGUGGGACAGGCCCACUAUCUCAGCCACUUGGGUUGUGGUUAGUACCAGUUCUCUGAGGAAGAUGUGCUGGAGACUGCCAGAAUCCCUGUACAUUGUUUUAUGUGCUUGUGUCCAAGUGUGAAUUGUAAAUGGUCUAGUGUUUGCAUUAAACAAAAUGGAAUCCAA